AUGUCUACUCGUCUCUUCUUCCUUCUCGCUUCCAUUUUCACUAUCGUCUCUGGAAAUGAUCAAUUCUGGGUGACAAGUGUUCUCACUGAAUUCAAAGUUCGUGAUCAGUGUGCCGCCUUCUGGAAUCAAUCCCAAGCUUGUUCGAAUCCAUCUCUCAGAAUCUCUACUAAUAUCAAUCAACCAACUCAAUUCGCUUCACGUGCUUGGCAAAUUCAGGAGAUUCUCAACUCGACCGGAAAUCCAACAUUCAUUAGUCAAUGGCAUGGUUCAAUCGAUUCAAUCCGUGUUUCUGUCCAAGUCGAAGGAAGUAAUCCAUUGAAUCCAUUCGGUCUCGUUGCAAAAUGUGAUGAAGGAUUUCACCCGAAAGUCGUCUUCAAUCAGUCAUCAAUCGAUGUCAUGGAGCGUCUUUCCACAAGAGUUGUUGUCAUUAAUUCCCAGUGUUUCACUGCAAAAGUUCUUCUGAAAGUGGAUACAGAAUGCCCGUAUUGUCCACCACCAACCACCACUCCACAACCGACAACCCUCGCUCCAGAAUCGUUCAUCUAUACUCAUCGUUUGCCUUUGAUUGCUAUCAUUCUUCUCAUCAUCUUCACUAUUCUUUCCUUCUGCCUCUUCUACUUCGUCCUCCGUCGAUUCAUGACACUUCGACGUGGAUUCAAAACGUGCCCGUCUCUGGAAUCAGGAAUAUCAACCAUCACUCCAUUGUCAUAUUCCACUGUCAUCUCUCCGGAAAAGAAACAAAAAGAAUUUGUCGAUUUCUUUGCUCUGAUGCCUCCAGUUAUCGAAUACGAAGAGCUGGACUUGGAUGCUUCAAUCGACAUCGAAUCAAUGCCACGUCUCGGAUCUCUCGUCUACGAUUACUUCUGCUACGAAAACCAAGUGGAUGUGAGUGUUUCCGAUGCGGUUUAUGUUUAG